UGGUCGACCAUCAAAACUAAAUGACAGCGUUCAUUGUGUGAACAUUAAUUGCCCAGCAUGGACUACCUGGACAUUGAAUCCUUCCGUUCGAGGUACAGCGACAUAACCGUGACGACCGUGCCUGCUGGAUCCAAGGCCGAGAAGGAGCCGCCGAUGUCCAUGGAAGCGGAGAUGGCAGCCAAGCCGAGUGAGCCGCGGGUGGAGAUCACGCGGGUGAAUGGAGGUGCUCCCUCGGAAAUCACGUCGGGUCUAGCUGUGGUCCAGCGCAACAGACAGCAACAAAACGCCACUGCCUUCGCCUACGCCAAUGAAUACAAGGAGGUGAUGGCCAAACUGGAGUACACCAGGUACAUGCACAACCAGCUCCAGCUGAUGUCUUUGGCGAAUGGAGGGGGCAGUGGCGGCGGAGCUGGUCUCGAAGGUCUCUACGGGAUGAUGCCAACGUCUAUAAAUCUGGAUGCUAAUGCCAACAUUGAGGAUAAGUACUCCGAUCUACUGAGUGUCCUGGCCGAGAUGCGGUCCAAUUUGGCGCCGGCGAUAAUCGGAUUGCGGGCGCCCAAGGACCGCCUUCAGCGGGAUAUAGCCCAAGCCAGGUUCACGGUGAGGGAGUGCCUCCUGCUCCUCGAGAAGGAUGGUCUGCAGGAGAACGAAGGUAGCCACACCGAGGAGUGACGUCACUCGGGGCUAUCCAUCUCUGCAUUGUUAACGACACCUCUAAGCGAGUGAUAAUAAAGAACGUGAACAACAAAGGCCAAAAAAGAGU